AUUAUAAAUAUAUGAAUAUCUGCAUUCCAAAAAGACUCCGACCUAAAGCUUGCUCAGCUUAUCUCAAGUCCUCACUCCAUUCAAAAUGGCAGAAAUCAACACAAAUUUUGCAACAAAAAGAUUGGCAGUUGUAACAGGAGCCUAUAAAGGGAUUGGAUUGGAGAUAUGUCGACAGUUAGCCUCUAAUGGUGUAACAGUGGUGUUGACAGCCAGAGAUGAGAAGAAGGGUGUUGAAGCUGUUGAGAAGCUCCAAAAGUCUGGAAUGUCUGAUAUGGUUUUUCAUCAACUUGAUGUGAUGGACCCUGCUAGUAUUUCUUCCCUGGCUGAUUUCAUCAAAAUCCAAUUUGGAAAGCUUGAUAUCUUGGUGAACAACGCAGCAAUUGCUGGAGCCACAUUAGAUGAUGAUGGUUAUAAAACCCUGAAGUCACCGCUAGUUAGGCUAGCCAAAUGCAAGGAGUUAGUGAGGCAAACUCCUGAGCUGGCAAAAGAAUGUCUGCAAGCGAACUACUAUGGUGCCAAAAGUGUGACUGAAGCACUUCUUCCGCUUCUUCACCUGUCUGAUUCGCCAAGAAUUGUCAAUGUUUCUUCUUCUGCAGGAAAAUUACAGAAUGCCCCUCAUGAAUUGGCUAAAGAAAUGCUAGGUGAUGUAAAUGCCCUCACUGAGGAGAAAGUGGAUGAGGCGUUGAACUUGUUUCUAAAGGAUUUCAAAUAUGAAAGCCAAGGCUGGCCUGCCUAUAAUAUGUCCAAAGCAGCCAUGAAUGCCUACACAAGGAUUCUGGCAAAGAAGUUUCCCCAGUUCCGUAUAAAUUGUGUCUGCCCUGGUUUUGUCAAAACUGAGAUUAACUUCAACACUGGUCACUUCACUGUUGAAGAAGGUGCAGCAGGUCCUGUAAAGUUGGCUUUGUUGCCCGAUGAUGGCCCUUCUGGCCUGUUCUUUUUCCAGAAGGAAGUGUCCACCUUUUGAUUAAAAAU